AUGUCUACCAACUCCAUUAAGCUUCUUGCGAGUGAUGUGCACCGUGGCUUGGCUGAAUUAGUGGCCAAGAGACUUGGGUUAAGAUUGACCCCUUCUGAAUUGAACAGAGAUUCCACUGGGGAAGUUCAAUUUUCUAUUGGUGAAUCUGUUAGAGAUGAAGAUAUUUUUAUCAUUUGUCAAAUUGGUUCUGGUGUUGUCAAUGACCGUGUGAUAGAACUUCUUAUCAUGAUUAAUGCCUGUAAGACUGCCAGUGCUAGAAGAAUCACUGUUAUUCUUCCAAACUUUCCUUAUGCUAGACAAGAUAGAAAGGAUAAAUCUAGAGCUCCUAUCACUGCCAAGUUAAUGGCCGAUAUGUUGACCACCGCUGGUUGUAAUCAUGUGAUCACCAUGGACUUACAUGCAUCUCAAAUCCAAGGUUUUUUCGAUGUUCCAGUGGACAAUUUGUAUGCUGAACCAUCUGUAGUGAGGUAUAUUAAGGAAACCAUUAACUACAAGGAAGCUAUUAUUAUUUCUCCAGAUGCUGGUGGAGCCAAGAGAGCUGCCGGAUUAGCUGACAGAUUGGAUUUGAACUUUGCCCUUAUUCAUAAGGAACGUGCCAGAGCCAAUGAAGUGUCUAGAAUGGUUCUUGUAGGAGAUGUCACCAACAAGGUGUGUGUUAUCGUUGACGAUAUGGCAGACACUUGUGGUACCCUUGCCAAAGCUGCUGAAGUUUUGCUUGAUAAUGGUGCUAAGGAAGUCAUUGCUAUCGUCACCCACGGGAUUUUAUCUGGAAAUGCCAUUAAGAACAUUAACAACUCCAAAUUAACCAAGGUUGUUUGUACUAACACCGUUCCUUUUGAAGAAAAACUUGAACUUUGUCCAAAAUUGGCAGCCAUUGAUGUUUCUGCUGUUUUGGCUGAGGCCAUCAGAAGAUUACACAAUGGUGAAAGUAUUUCGUAUUUAUUUAAGAACGCUCCUUUGUAA